AGAGCGUAUCGACGACGAGCGUGUAUCUGUGACGUCUUUCGCUUCGGAUGGACGUUAAUACCGUCAGGGGUAGCAUCGCGGCGCCCCCGAUCGUCGGUCGGAAGCCCCGCCCCUGUGGAAGCCGUGCGCCAACGGGAGUAUGACUUCCCAACCGGGAGGCCCGCCUACCGGAGACAGUGAGGUACCCGGCUAUCCCCGAACCACCGACUCAGUAUCACUCCAAGUCUCGAGCGUGGCACGCGUGUAGUUACAGAAGGUCGAGACUGCGUGUUGGCAUUUUUCAGCGACGAUCUAUAGAAUAAAAUCUACCGUGACAGCCGAGGUUCUGCGCAGAGUGUGUUUUUGACGUUUCGCGACCCCCUUCUCGCGGGAUCGUCGGGAUAUUUUCGAAGAAGAACGGGAAAAAAAAAGAGAUAUCGAAAGAGUGUCUAACAGUGAGGCGACGAGAGUCAGGAUAAUCCGUUCACUCCUGCGACCGCGUCCCGCCAGCCGAUGGAGCUGACGGACACCAAGAUGGAGCCGCUAACGCCACCCCACACGCCCCCGUCUUCGGGGGGGGCCGAUCACCACCGGGGCUCGCCGCCGCAGUGGUUCCGCUCGCCUCAGCAGUUCCACCAGCACCCGCAGCAGCCUUCCGGGUACCACGCGGCCUUCCUCGACCACUGGCUCAGGGGUGCCGCCCUCCUCGCGGCCAGGGGAUGCUGCCCCCAGCCGGUUUCGCACCCACACCCCCAUCCCUACGCGCAUUCUCACCCGCAUCCCCAUCAGCAUCCGAAUCCGCACGUGCAGUCGUCGGGCCACGCGAGGCAUCCGGGACUUCCGGUUCCGCCCCCGGUGUCCUUCAUGACACGAAGAUCGCCCGGACAGCGGCCCAAGAAACAAUUCAUCUGUAAGUUCUGCAACAGACAGUUCACAAAGAGCUACAACCUACUGAUACACGAGAGGACUCACACCGACGAACGUCCCUACAGCUGUGAUAUUUGCGGGAAGGCCUUCAGGAGGCAGGAUCACCUCCGAGAUCAUCGGUACAUCCACAGUAAAGAGAAGCCAUUCAAGUGCGGCGAGUGCGGAAAGGGAUUCUGCCAGAGCAGGACCCUCGCCGUUCACAAAAUCCUUCACAUGGAAGAAUCGCCCCACAAGUGUCCCGUAUGCUCUCGCAGCUUUAACCAGAGGAGCAAUCUGAAGACCCACCUGCUCACUCACACGGACGUCCCUCAGGACCUCAGAGUCGAGCCCCAAACCGUCCCAGUUCUUCCUGUAAAUGCAACCACGCCGGUCAUCAGGCACGCCACUCAACGCGAGAGGAUCACGAACGGUCUUGAGGUCAACCAGACGACGACGACGACGAAGGCAACGACAAUGUCGACGACGUCGACGUCGGCGUCGCCGACUAGGCCAAAGCUAGGAUUCAGUAUAGAGGAUAUCAUGAGACGCUAGGUCCUUUAUAGGACACGCCGAGUUUCCUAUCACAGUAUUAACUAAUCAUUAUGUACGUUUAGUUUUACUGUUAAGUCUGAUAUAGGAUACACAUAUAUAUAUAUAUGUAUGUAUAUAUUACAUACGUAUAUACUUCGACAUUGCGUUACCCGUGUGCUAUUUUAGCUGCAGUCAGGUCCGUGUUUCCAUUUUUCAACAUUUUUUAUAAUUUUUUUUUUUUUUUUUCCAACUCGCAUUGUUUUUGUGCAACGAAUCAAGGGACGAGCUUCAUAAAACGGUUUACAAAUUGGCACAUUUUUUUAUACCGUCUUCCAGAGUUCAAAUCCAGUUCUUUUAUUUAUUGUUUCUCUUUUUUUCCUUUUUCUCAUACGUAUUAAUAUACACAUUUCGUAUAUAGCCGAUUUAAUAACGGAUCGUUAGGAAAUUUUGGCACUCAACGAUUUCGUAAACAAUGUUCGGGUAUAUAUCAUUUAGCAAGUAUACCGGGUAAUUCCAUGUUUGUACCUUUUUCGUAGACGUUAAUGAGGCAAAAUAUUGUGGUACCGCCUCGCAUAAUGUUAUACCGGGUACAUCAAGGGACCACGUUGUUGUGUAGUACAAAGUGAGAUAGAAAUAGAGGGAGAUGAGGGCGAAAGAAAAACAACGACAACGAUGGAUCCCGGUGAAGCUACGAAGAAAAAAUAAAAAUCAGACCGAGGGAGACUCGAGUAAAUGCGUAAAAGCAAACUUUUUUUUUCAUUCCUUCUCAUUUUCGGUGUGUGUUAUUUUCCCAUUUUUUUUCUUUUUCAUAUUUCUUUUUCUUUCUUUGGUUUUCCGCAAAUUGUAUAUACAUAGAAAACUGACCUUUAUCGUAUUGUCGUUGUUUGGCUUUGGCGAAGUGUCUAAAACUAAAAACAAAAAAAAAAACACAACACACACCCAUUUUGAGAAGGUGUGAAAUAUACGUUACACGCGUUGCACAGUUU